CGGACCCGGAGGACAUGGAGGGCGAGGGGGCCCCGUCAUGGCGGGGUCCCGGCGGGGCCGUGCGGGAGCUCUGCCGCUCCUUCGGCCACUACAACCGGCACCUGGCGCGGCUGCAGCACAACCUGCGAGAGACCAAGAGGUUCUUCCGCGACGUCAAGUUCUCCCAGGGACAUCCCUUCGCCUCGGCGCCUGCCGGUGACGGCCCCCCCUCCGCCGGGGAUGCGCGUCCCGGGGACGGCGGCCCCGGGCCGGUGCCGUUCCCGCCGCACGAGGAGGAGCAGCUGCAGCGCUCGGUGAGCUGGCGGCCGUGCCUGCUGAUCCUGGGCCAGAGCUGCAGCGCCAAGUGCCAGCUGCUGAACGCGCUGCUGGGCCAGGAGCUGCUGCCAGUCCCCCGGGGUGACACCGAGGAGCUGCCACCUGUCCCUGGGGCUGGCGCCGCCGAGUCCCUGCCCGUCCCCGGGGGUGACACCAAGGACCUACCGCCCGUCCCCGGGGCUGGCACCGAGGAGCUGCUGCCUGUCCCCGGGGCUGGCACCGAGGAGCUGCUGCCUGUCCCCAAGGGUGACACCGAGGAGUUGCCACCUGUCCCUGGGGCUGGCACCGAGGACCUACUGCCCGUCCCCAGAACUGCCACCGCGGAGCUGCCGCCUGUCCCCGGGGGUGACACCAUGGAGUCCCUGCCUGUCCCCAGGGGUGACACCGAGGAUCUACUGCCCCUUCCCAGAACUGCCACCAAGGAGCUGCUGCCCAUCCCCAGGGAUGACACCACAGAGUCCCUGCUCAUUCCUGGGACUGGCACCAAGGACCUACUGCCCCUCCCUGGGGGUGACACCGCAGAGUCCCUGCCUGUCCCCAGAACUGCCACUGAGGAGCUGCCGCCCGUGCCCAGGGGUGACACCGAGGAGCUGCCGCCUGUCCCUGGGUCUGGCACCACGAGGUCCCUGCCCGUGCCCAGGGGCGGCACCGAGGAGCUGCCGCCUGUCCCUGGGUCUGGCACCACGAGGUCCCUGCCCGUGCCCAGGGGCGGCACCGAGGAGCUGCCGCCUGUCCCUGGGUCUGGCACCACGAGGUCCCUGCCCGUGCCCAGGGGUGGCACCGAGGAGCGCUGCCGGCGCCGCCGCGUCCGUUUCACGCACGGGGCGCGGACGCGGCUGAGCCUGGCGCUGCCCGGGCAGUACGAGCUGGUGCAGGCGCUGGCGGCGCACAGCGGGCACUGGGACACCAUCCCCGAGCAGGACCUGCGCGUGCCCGGGGACGCCCAGGACCCCGCGCAGACCGUGGCGGAGCUGGAGGUGGUGCUGCCACACGCGCUGCUCAAGGAGGUGGACAUCGUGGUGGCUCCGUGCCGGGGCUUCCAGCCCGCCGAGGCCACGCUGGCCGAGCUGGUGACGCAGGUCCUGCCCGUGGUCACCUUCGCCAUCAGCGAGCCCCGGCUGUCCCCGUCGGACCAGGCAGAGCUUCGGGAAAUCAAGGAAAAAUUCUCCCUCCCCAUCUGCUUCCUGCGAUUCCCCCGGGCCGGCGCCGAAGAUCCUUCCUCGGAGGAAUCCAAAAGCCUCUCCUCGGAGGAAUCCAGAAACCUCUCCUCGGAGGAAUCCAGAAACCUCUCCUCGGAGGAAUCCAGGAGCCUCUCCUGGGAGGAAUCCAAGAGCCUCUCCUGGGAGGAAUCCCCGCUGCGGCGGCAGCUGCUGGAUCUGGAGUACCUGAGCCCCCGCGGCGUUGCCGGCUCCUCGGUGCUGGCGGAGCAGCCGGAGAAGCUGCGGCUGCUGAGCGCCUUUUGCAGGCAGGUGCUGCAGAAGCACCUGGUGCAGGCGGCCACCAGGCUGAGCGAGGUUCACGGGCGCUGCCUCAACACCUUCAUCGACCAGGCGUUCGACAUGCAGCGGGACCUGCAGAUCACGCCCAAGCGCCUGGAGUACACGCGGCGGAAGGAGAACGAGCUCUACGAGUCGCUGAUGGGCAUCGCCAACCGCAAGCAGGAGGAGAUGAAGGACAUGAUCGUGGACACGCUGGCGAGCAUGAAGGAGCAGCUGCUGGAGGACGCGGCCAGCAUGGAGUUCCGAGACAUCAUCGUUCCCGAGAACGGCGAGCCCGUCAGCUCCAAGGACAUCAAGCGCUGCAUCCAGCAGAUCCAGGAGCUGAUCAUCUCCAGGCUGAACCAGGCCGUGGCCAACAAGCUGAUCAGCUCCGUGGAUUACCUGCGCGAGAGCUUCGUGGGCACCCUGGAGCGCUGCCUCAAGAGCCUGGAGGAGUCCUGGGAGGGCUCCGUGCACCCGGCCCGCGGCACGGACAGGGGCAGGGACGGCGCCGUGCACAUCACCAGCAACUAUCUCAAACAGAUCCUGAAUGCAGCUUACCACGUGGAGGUCACUUUCCACUCGGGCUCGACGGUGACCAGGAUGCUUUGGGAGCAGAUCAAGCAGAUCCUGCAGCGGCUGACGUGGGUCAGCCCGCCGGCCGUCAGCAGCGACUGGAAGAGGAAGGUGGCCCAGGACGCCAUCGAGAGCCUCAGCGCCUCCAAACUGGCCAAGAGCAUCUGCAGCCAGUUCCGCACGCGCCUCAACAGCUCCCACGAGGCCUUCGCCGCCUCCCUGCGCCAGCUGGAGGAUGGCCACUCGGGCCGGCUGGAGAGGACGGAGGACCUGUGGCUGAAGGUGAGGAAGGAGCACGCUCCUCGGCUGGCGCGGCUGUCCCUGGAGAGCAGAUCCCUGCAGGAUGUGCUGCUGCACGGGAAGCCCAGGCUGGGCAGGGAGCUGGGCCGAGGCCAGUACGGGGUGGUGUACCUGUGUGACAGCUGGGGGGGACACUUCCCCUGCGCCCUCAAAUCCGUCGUCCCUCCGGAUGAGAAGCACUGGAACGACCUGGCGCUGGAAUUUCACUACAUGAGGUCCCUGCAGUCCCACGAGAGGCUGGUGCACCUGCACGGCUCCGUGAUCGAUUACGGCUACGGAGGAGGCUCCAGCAUUGCUGUGCUGCUGAUCAUGGAGAGGCUGCACAGGGACCUCUACACGGGGCUGAAGGCUGGGCUGGAAUUGGAGCCACGGUUGCGGAUUGCCUUGGAUGUGGUGGAAGGGAUCCGGUACCUGCACAGCCAGGGGUUGGUGCACAGGGAUAUCAAACUCAAAAACGUCCUGCUGGACAAAAAGAAUCGGGCCAAGAUCACGGAUUUGGGCUUCUGCAAACCCGAGGCGAUGAUGUCGGGCAGCAUCGUGGGCACCCCCAUCCACAUGGCUCCCGAGCUCUUCACAGGGAAAUAUGACAAUUCCGUGGAUGUUUAUGCCUUUGGGAUCCUGUUCUGGUACCUCUGCUCGGGCCACGUGAAGUUACCCGAGGCUUUUGAGAGGUGUGCGAGCAAAGAUCACCUGUGGAACAACGUCAGGAGAGGGGUGCGUCCGGAGCGGCUCCCGGUGUUUGACGAGGAAUGCUGGCAGCUGAUGGAAGCCUGCUGGGACGGGGACCCCUCGCAGCGGCCGCUGCUGGGCAUCGUGCAGCCCAUGCUGCAGGGCAUCAUGGCCAGGCUCUGCCGGCCCGGCUCCCGGCACCCCGGCAAAGCCCUGGAGGACUCCACCUGAGCGCCCGGCGCCACCCGGGAUCCGGGAAUCGCGGCGGGAUCCGGGAGUCGCGGCGGGAUGCGGGAAUCGCGGCGGGAUGCGGGAGUCGCGGCGGGAUCCGGGAAUCGCGGCGGGAUCCGGGAAUCGCGGCGGGAUCCGGGAAUCGCGGCGGGAUCCGGGAGUCGCGGCGGAAUCCGGGAAUCGCGGCGGGAUCCGGGAAUCGCGGCGGGAUCCGGGAGUCGCGGCGGGAUCCGGGAGUCGCGGCGGGAUCCGGGAAUCGCGGCGGGAUCCGGGAGUCGCGGCCGCUCCUGUGCCCGGGGGCUCCGAGCGGAGUCACCGGGGGGGUGACGGCUCCGUCCCCGUCCCACCCCGGCAUCCCUCUGGAAUCGCGCUGCCCGGGAAUGCGAGCUCCAAACCCCUCGGGAUUCACGGGGUGGGGGGGGCUUUGCCAACCCAACCCCCCCCCCCCCCCACUCCCCUCCCCAAAAAUCGAUCCGGGGGAUGGGAAAAUCCCUUCCCGGAACUCCGGGAUCGCCGCCCGCUCCUCCCUCAGCCCCAGAGCGCUCGGAGAGGAAGGAAAAGGCACAAAACCUUAGGAUAAGGAAGUGUCGGGAAGCUCCAAGGAGCUGGAAAUGUUUACAUGGACAGGAGCAAAGCUUCCGUGUUUUUCUACGGGGAUUUGGAAAACCCCACCUGGAUAAGCUAUUGAUCCCUAAUCCCACCUUUUCCUCCUUUUUUUUUUCCCCCCCUCCCCAUCUCCUUUGCUUCCUUAAAUUUCUUGGAAUGGCUGGAGAAACCUUUCCCUGCUUCCAAGCUCCGUUCCUCAGAGGUUCCUCUUCGCAGUGGCACAAAAAGUCCUUGAAAUUGUUGAUUUUUUUUUUUUUUUCCCCAAGGGGGAAGUGCCAAAAUUCCUUUUAAAUCAGGAUUCGGGGCUUGGAAUUCAUGGGAAUGUCGUGGCAGUUUUAAAUUGGGCCUAGUCUGCACGGGAAUAUUUUUUUUAAAAAAUGAGAUUUUUUUUUUCCAGCCUUUUUUUUUUUUUCCCUUCAAGUUGGAGAGAAGAAAAGAUCCUUCCUUCUUCUCCUCACUUUCACUCCAGGGCUGGAAUUUGGUUGGAAAAAAUAAAAAAAAAAUAAAAAAUAAAAAUUAAAAAAAAAAAAAGGCGUGGGGGAAGAGGGGGAUCCUGGGCAAGGUUGUCUUUCCCAAAUUCCUGGCAAUCCCAGUUUGCUUCCUGCAUUUUUGGGGUGGAACUGGGCUGAUCUGGAGCAGGGCACGCCCUCGGUGGCUCCAUGAGGAACUGGGGGAGUUGGGAAUCCUCCCUGCAAUUCCCAGAGAAUUCCUUGGCUGAAAUUCCAGCUGCCCGCGGCCGAGGAGGGGUUUAGUGGGGACUUUUUCCUUUCUUUGUGCAAUAAAUGGAUUCAGGAGCUUUUUAUGGAGGGGGAAAAAAUACAUAAAUAAAUAAAAAAGCUUUUUUUGGUUCCUUUGUGGGGGGGUUUCUGGGAUGGGGAUGAAUCCAACCUCUCCUGGCAUUCCAGAGUGGUUUUUUUAUGGAUCCAUCCUUUCUCCCGCCAUUCCAAACUGGGUUUUUUAUGGAUCCAUCCUUUCUCCUACCAUUCCAAACUGGGUUUUUUAUGGAUCCAUCCUUUCUCCUACCAUUCCAAACUGGGUUUUUUAUGGAUCCAUCCUUUCUCCUGCCAUUCCAAACUGGGUUUUUUAUGGAUCCAUCCUUUCUCCUGCCCGUCCCAUCCCAAUCCAGCUGCUCGUGCCAAGAAUUCCCACCGCUUUUCCAAAGCCUCGCCCUCAGGCAGCGCCGACAGCAUCGACCCCGGGAGCAGAAAAACCUCUGGAAAAGCAGGAAUGGCCCUCGGGAAAAACCUCUGGAAAAGCGGGAAUGGCCCUCGGGAAAAACCUCUGGAAAAGCGGGAAUGGCCCUCGGGAUGGCGCAGGGGGAUGUGGAAAUAAUAAACCUGGAUAAAGCCCAA